CCGGGCUUCGCUCUUGCCUUCUCCACACUUGUUUGAUUUAUGAGGAAUCCAAGAUGAAUUUGGAGCAGGAGAGGCCAUUUGUCUGCAGUGCCCCAGGCUGCUCCCAGCGCUUCCCAACAGAGGACCACCUGAUGAUUCAUAGGCACAAGCAUGAAAUGACUUUGAAGUUUCCCUCAAUAAAAACAGACAAUAUGUUAUCAGAUCAGACUCCGACCCCAACGCGAUUCCUGAAGAACUGCGAGGAAGUGGGGCUCUUCAAUGAGCUGGACUGCUCCCUCGAGCACGAGUUCCGGAAGGCUCAGGAGGAGGAGAGCAGCAAGCGGAAUAUCUCGAUGCAUAAUACAGUUGGUGGGGCCAUGGCGGGGCCCGGAGCUCACCAGCUUGGCAGCACCCGGAUGCCCAACCAUGACACCAGCGUUGUGAUUCAGCAAGCCAUGCCGUCACCCCAGUCCAGCUCUGUCAUCACACAGGCACCUUCUACCAACCGCCAGAUCGGGCCUGUCCCAGGCUCUCUAUCUUCUCUGCUACAUCUCCACAACAGACAGAGACAGCCCAUGCCAGCCUCUAUGCCCGGGACCCUGCCCAACCCUACGAUGCCAGGAUCUUCCGCCGUCUUGAUGCCAAUGGAGAGACAAAUGUCCGUGAACUCCAACCUACUGGGAAUGCAAGGUCCAAAUCUCAGCAACCCCUGUGCUUCUCCCCAAGUCCAGCCAAUGCAUUCAGAAGCCAAAAUGAGGUUGAAGGCCGCACUGACUCACCACCCUGCUGCCAUGUCAAAUGGGAAUAUGAACACCAUGGGACACAUGAUGGAAAUGAUGGGCUCCCGGCAGGACCAGACGCCACACCAUCACAUGCACUCUCACCCGCAUCAGCACCAGACACUGCCAGCCCAUCACCCCUACCCACACCAGCACCAGCACCCGGCACACCAUCCUCAUCCUCAGCCCCAUCACCAGCAGAACCAUCCACAUCAUCACUCCCACUCCCACCUCCAUGCACACCCGGCACAUCACCAGACCUCGCCACACCCACCCCUGCACUCCGGCAACCAAGCACAGGUUUCACCAGCCACACAACAGAUGCAGCCAACCCAGACGAUACAGCCACCCCAGCCCACAGGGGGGCGCCGGCGAAGGGUGCUGGAUGAAGAUCCCGAUGAGAGGAGGCGGAAAUUUCUGGAAAGGAACCGAGCAGCCGCCACCCGCUGCAGACAGAAGAGGAAGGUCUGGGUGAUGUCACUGGAAAAGAAAGCUGAAGAACUCACCCAGACAAACAUGCAGCUUCAGAAUGAAGUAUCCAUGUUGAAAAACGAGGUGGCACAGCUGAAACAGUUAUUGUUAACACAUAAAGACUGCCCAAUAACAGCCAUGCAGAAAGAAUCGCAAGGAUAUUUAAGUCCGGAGAGCAGCCCUCCUGCCAGCCCUGUGUCCGCCUGCUCUCAGCAGCAGGUUAUCCAGCAUAACACCAUCACUACGUCCUCGGCGGUCAGCGAGGUCGUAGGAAGCUCCACCCUCAGCCAGCUCACCACUCACAGAACAGACCUGAAUCCGAUUCUUUAAAAAUCAAGGGUUAGACCUUGCCUCCAAGAAGAGUUGCCGCAUACCAUGCGUCCUUUCUUUUAAGGGCAUUUUUAGAAUUAACCUAAACCCGGAAAACUUCUUAAUUUUUUAAAGGCCGGCUUUUAUUUUUAAAAGUAUUUUUGGAAAGUUUGCUUUUUAUCUUAAUUUAAUAAAAAAAAAAAGGGAGUUAUGCAAUUAAUAUCUAUCAGCUUGGGAAAUGCUUUGGUGCUUUUCUCCAAUUUUCUGGUACCAGUUCCUUGUUUAUAAACUGAACUCUUUCUGUAUAUAGUCAUGGUUUCAUUCUUAUCAGUCCAACCCUUUGCCUGAGACAUUAAAUCUUGUUAAACCGCAGCUUUUAGUCAAAAUGAGGCAUACUUAGAUGUCAACAGAUGCAAGGGAACUGGGAAAGAAGUCUGAUGACAUCAUAACACAUGUUAAAUUUGUGCUGUGAUGUCACCAGAAUCCCAGAUGAACACAGAGCCUUUUCCACAACUUUUUUUAUUUUACUACAAAAAAGUGAUAAAAUCCAUUGAUAUCGAAAUACAACCACCAGACAUCUCACCACCUGUCCUGCUCCUCUCGGUCCACUUCCUCGAAUACCCAAUUUUCCUCUCCAUUUCCACUCUUUCUUGGGCUCCCUGUCUACUCUUCAUUUACUUUCUUCUGUUUUACUUUUCCCCCUUUAGCAUUGCAUGUAAAGAAGAAAAUAAUGUUGAAAGAAAAAAAAAAAAGCCUCAGAAAUGUGGACCUAGCCAGUGCUUCUCUCACCCUCAACCCAGAGCUGGAGUUCAUUCAACUCUUGUGUUUUACAAAAUAGUAACCAGGAGAUGUUUAAUGUGCCUGAUUUAAUGUUUUUAAUCGUCAGAGCAAAUAAAAGGUGGCUUAGCCAUAGGGGAAGCCAGCUGUGGAGACACUCGGGAAGGGAGCUUUGUAAGCCUCGUGAAAGUCCAAAUCAUGAUGCAAGGUUAUAACAUCACACCCUCGAAUUACAACCAGUUUAAAAUGGCCUGUCUAUGUCAGAAACCCACGUACUAUAUGAUAAUUCAGAAAGGCUCUAUUCACUACACAAUUCCAUGGUUCAAUCAUCUGCUGCUAAUAGCCUAAGAUUUAUUGUUACUUUUUUUUUUCUUAAGCCUAUGGAACCAGCUUUGCUGUUCUGGUGGGUAAAAGUAGGCAAACUACCAGAGGAACAAAGAGAGAAAGAAAACCGAAUGUUCCAAUGGGGUGCUUUCAGCCCUCUUACGACAGCUAAAGCACUCUUUGGCUGCUGAAAGGACCCCAUGAAUAUGGCUACUCCACUCUUCUGAAUAAUUCUGAUUUACAUUUUCAACGACUUUCAUGGACUCGCCCAUUAUAAAAGACAGAUAGUUCCAAACCACAGUUGUGCCUCCUUGAAACAAGCCAUUCUACUGUGCUAAUGUUUUAAUAUCACAUCUCACAAAUAACAGGGGCUAAUGUUUCCCUCUAGCAGUCUAGACAGGUGCUGGUGUUUCAUCUCCAUUUGAAUGCUUGACCUCCUAACGUGUGUGUGUGUGUGUGUGUGUGUGUGUGUGUGUUUUCAUGGGAUUUAAAAGACUAGUAUUUUACAAAAGGUGUAGCUUUUAUAAGAGUUCAGAAAAGGGAAGGAUGUGGGUUUUUUUUUCUCUCACUAUAGUAUAAGAAUCUAUUUUGGAGAAUAAAAAGAAAAUAUGAGGGUCAUGAAGCAUGAUUUUUAUAGCUAGUUUCAGUUUUAUCUACUAACUUACUUUUUUUAAAUCAAUAUUUAUCAAUCUUUUCAUGUAUGCAGUGCUUUCAAAAGAAAGUUUUGAGUAUCCAGUGAAAAACUCAUGACUUGGAUAUGUGGUCUAAAAAUCAAAACUAAAGCAAAAACAAAACAAAAACAAAAAAAGAAAAAAAAAAUGCAAACGAAAAGGAUUUUCUAUA